CACUUUGAGCGCACAACCUCCUGGAGCUCCUUUUCACCUGCACUGCAGCGUCUGCUCAGCCCUGCGCCGCCGCCCAAUCCGUCCGCGCUGCACGGCUCCUGCGAGGCAUCACCGUGGAGCUGGGUGGGGGGUGGGAACACAGGUAUACGUGCCACAUGAGGGCCACUCUCUGAAGAGCAGCUGCGGGCAGCGCACCUCCAACUGAUGAAGACGCAGCAGUGUAGGGAAGAGAAGGGGAGACAUCGGUUCGCAGCCAGCGAGCGCAGAUCCGGUGCGCGUUUCUUGUGUGGGACAAGGCUGGGGCAGAGAAGGAAUCCGUGCGUCCGCGUGUCCUUGCGCCACGGGGACAUGUGCUAAGUAACGGGGGAGGACGGAAACAUGCAGGGCAAGUGACCGUGGGGGAAAGCAGGCAGCCUACUACGCACGAGCGCGCUCCCUCCGGACCUCCUCGCUGAACUUUACCCGCUGCGCUCUGACGCGAUGGCCGCCGCCGCCGCCGCCGCCGCCGCUUCCCUGGGCGAAGUUGGAGGCGUCCUGCACGGCAUCGACGGUGUCGCACACGUCGGGUCCCACUUCUUCCUGACCCCUCUCGGGGACGGUCCGACGCUGCUGGGGGAGCACCUCAUACCCGGGGACAGGCUGUCCCGCAGCACCGCGGCGGAUUUAACGCACCUCAAGGGGAUCCUGAGGAGGAGACAGUUGUACUGCAGGACUGGCUUUCACCUGGAAAUACUUCCGGAUGGCACAGUGCAAGGGACGAGGAAGGACCACAGUCGUUUUGGUAUUUUGGAAUUCAUAAGCCUGGCUGUCGGGUUGAUAAGCAUUAGAGGGGUGGACAGUGGACUCUACCUGGGGAUGAACAACAAAGGAGAGCUGUACGGCUCUGAGAAGCUCACGGCUGAAUGUGUCUUCAGGGAGCAGUUUGAGGAGAACUGGUACAACACGUACUCCUCCAACCUCUACAAGCACGGGGACAAAGGGACGCGUUACUUUGUGGCGUUAAACAAGGACGGGACGCCGAGGGAUGGGACUAAAUCCAGGCGGCACCAGAAAUUUACUCACUUCUUGCCCAGGCCCGUGGACCCCGACCGUGUGCCAGAGCUGUACAGGGAUAUCUUGGGACACAGCUGAGACCCGGAGACCUGCAUGGCGCAGAUCUGGAGUAGCUGCUGAAACCCUCCGCAGGCAGGGAGCAGAGAAGAGAGAGAGAGAGAGAGAGAGAGGGGGACGCAGGCAGGGAUGUUGCCGGUGACGGCUGGUGGACAGCGGCCCGACCAGCAGGGAUACGGGCACCGGGGGGGCCUCUUGUAGGAAUGCACGGGCCAUCUCUCAGCAGCCAGGACGGCAGGUUAGAAUGUCUGCACGCUUGGCAUGAGGGGGUCAUUUGUUUCAGAGGACGGACGACCCUUGAAAGUACCUGCUGUGGAAUAGGAGACGGAGAGGAAACAGAGCUGAAAGGACAAGGGAGCAUCUCCUCCGUUGUCUGUCGGACAGAUGCGUCCGUCAAUGUGGAGUCCAUGGGAAUCUGCGGUAUCACGGGACGGUACUUUUUACUCGGAUGCUGUGUCAGAGAGCAACAGUUUGUUCAGAAGGACUUUGAAGGAAUUCUGUUUUGUUUUUCUAUUUCUUACCUGACUCUAGACCCAUUUAAAAACAGAGCAAAGUGUAACAAUUUAUUUAUUCCUUUUAGAUACAUAUAUUUAUGUUAUAUAUUUAUUUAUUUGAGAAUAUAUUUUUACAGUUAGAUACAUGCAUUUUUAAAAACAAAACACUAGAACUUGUACUGAUACACAAAGACUGAGACACUGUACCGUUCAGUCUUUUGUUUUGGGAAGAAAAAAAGCGCAGCCAGUGAUAUAUAGUGUAAUAUGGCAAAAAAAUAUGAAACAUAUUAGCAAGAUUUGGAAACGAUCCCCACCUCUGAAAUAUAUUCUAUCACAAUGAGAUAACUGUGAAUCUUUUUCUUAUUUUUAUUCUUUGUCUUUUUUCGACAGGGUGAUUACAACCAAACUACUGUUACAUGUGUUAUAAUCAGAGUCUGACGUCGACAUACUGACAAUACAAACAAUAAAUUGCUAAAAAAAAAAAAGCCUUUUUGUCAGCCCGUGUGAUCAGAGAACAGUCAGUUGCUCACUUUUCAACUUUUUCUUACUUUUAACGGCGCAAUAUUUGUAAAGAAGUAUACUUUACUGGUUGCCUUUGUUUUUCAGAGUUCAAACAUAUAAACCUGCUUACAAGAACAAUGUUGUCUUUCUUUACGGACGCCAUUGUGCCAAGGGAUGAGUCGCAGGCCCGACGCGCGCGUAAAACUUCAAAGCGUCCCUCCUGAGCAACGACACGAUCGGGGCCAAAUAAAAACCUGACCUUCUGCUCAGGCCCGGCAACUUUAACAGCUGUAUAAAGCUGGAGGUCAGCGCGAUAAGGAUUAAGUCACCUCUGCUGACAGUUUGGAGAGCGCAGUUUUGUUGAAACGUCUUAUUAGGACCAUGGAAUGCAAAGGUGGCCGAAGCGUCUUUGAGUGUCACCCGUGUCUCAUUCUGCCGCUUCCAGACGACUCCUGCCUUUUUUCCUUUGAAAAAAAAAAAAGUUUCAAUUUGCAAUGAACUGUUAAACAAAAAGGCCACCACCUAAUAUCUGCGCGCAGUUUCCUGCACGGCUGGGGAGCAGAUCUGUGCCGGAGCAUGAACGCUCCAGCCUGUGAUCUCGGCCCGUGUGUGUGAUGGUGAGCCAGUGGGAUGUGUCUCGAUACGGGGAGUCGGCCCCGCUUGCCAACUCUCUCCCGUCUGCAGCACGACACAGUGGGACUUUCCCACUUGCACCACCUUGAACAUCAACACGCUUCUGUCGUCGAUUAAUGACAGCAUCCCAGAGUGUAUUAUCACCUGCGCGCACGCGGACAUCCCCCGUCCGCUGGGUAAACACGCGAGCCUAUUACAACAGGAGUGUAAGGAAAGGAAAAAAGAAAAGGAUUCUGAUGCUUGUUUUUUUCGAGAGAUGCUGUCACCGCUCGUCUUUCCUCAGCUCCUCGGAGGAGUUAACAAGCAUGAAAAUGAUGGACGGGGUGUGCUUCAUUCCUGUCGUGUCCCAUCUUUCUGAGCUAAAGAAUGUGUUGCCAUAAUAGUUGAAGUUUUUUUUUGUUGUUUUUUUUUUUUGUUCCAAUACCUCCAAAGAGACUAGAGUUUCAGUCCCCAUUACCACUGUGGCCAUGUAAAAAGAGGACUUUGUGCAAAUCUUAGAGCGGAACCUCCCCCCCCCCCGCGACAUUUUGAAGGUCAAGUCUCUGAACACCCCGGCUUGUGAUACCUGAUGCCCAGAAGUGCUCUUUGGCACUUGUUUAACCGAUGUUUUUGUCUACCUGGCCCCGAGACACACGCUUUUGUUCCACCUCCUCGGCCUCCUCCAGGUGGUCCGCGGCUCCUCGCUGAAAACACUUAAACCCCUCAUCCGAACCCACUCUGGAGGGCCGCCAGACGCUUUUAAUGGACGCUCCCUGACUUUCACCACCUCCUCAGCAGCAGCAUCAGCAGCCUUAAAGGGCUCUCGAGGAAACCCAAUCAUGUGUCUGUGUGUGUGUGUGUGUGUGUGUGUGUGUGUGUGUGUGUGUGUGUGUGUCCACGGACAGGUGUGGAAGUCAGUGAUCUUCCGUGUCUAUCUUCACAGUCCAGUCAGACAGCACAGGUGUUCCCUCAGCACUCAAGCUCACACACUCUGAUCUCAGUCCCGCUGGUUGUCAGCUGGGGAUGUAACUUAGCAGCAGCAGGACGACGAGGAGGAGGAGGAGGAGGAGGAGGAGGGUGGAAAUAUAGUCGGCUUUGUUGUCUGCCCCCAAUUAUCAGAGAGCAUAAUUUCUAUAUUUAGAAGGCUGCAUUGGAGAAGACAAGGGAGGUGCCGAGGAGCUCACCUGCUGCUCCAAAGCUGUGGCCACUUCAUAGGGUGUGUUUGCGCAGGGCUGGUGCCUGCAGCUUUGUGUCAUUUGAAUCCCGCAACUAUUGAUUUCGGGCUCUUUGUUGUUUGUUUAUUCCUUAGUAAAUUGCCGUGCGCACAAAUUAUGAGCUGCAUGUGUGUUUAUAGGGAUUACAGCAGAAGUGUAAGUAUAGCGUUAUCCACUUGAUACUUUGGGGCUUGCAUCUGAGUCCAGAGAGAGAGAGAGAGAGAGAGAGAGAGAGAGAGGCAUUCUGGAAAAAAAUAAUGCAGCCGUUGGUCCAAAAUAUCAUCCACUCGUCCAUCCUUCCUUCAUGUUUUGUGGCCUGAAAGAAAGAAAAAAGUCAUCUUUCACACCUGAUGCCUUGUGGCCCGUUUGAGUUCAACCACUUUUAGUGUCACUGCUAAGAGGAUUUUGUGGUUGUGCUUUCUGCGAGCGGCAAUUAGAGCGGCAUACCUGAUUUACUGACACUCCACAUCACAGGCUGUCAGCUCCAGUGGAAAAUAUGCUCCUCUGUUUGCGUCUCCAUGGAGACAUUGGAAGGAAACAAUCGUGUUUAGGUGUUGUGGUGAAAAGAAAGAAGAAGAAGAAGAAGAAGAAGAAGAAGCUGAGGCACUGUCAUUUCUGCAGAGUGUGGUCUCUCAGUUCGAACAAGGCCCACAUAGUGAGCAACGCUCCUGUGUGUGUUUUUGGUGACUGACAGUGUUUUGCUUUGCCAGAAGGGAUCUGAACACACACGAGUCGUACCUGGAGGAGACUGGUACAGCAAACACACAGCUGCCAUCCGCAGCAUCUGUAACACAGUCGACGCAGGUCGCCGUGAGGUAAGAAGGGAUACAUUUAUAUAAUGGAAAGUUUGCGUCUGAUAAUAUGACAAGAAAAACCUUAAUUUUACAGUCUGUUUUUCAUAUCUAUUAUAAAAGGCAGUAUAAAAAGUACCAUACAAUAAAAAUGAGGAAUUUCACUGAAGUAUUUCCUGUUCAUGCUACAUUAGACUACCACUCCAUUACAAGCUGUAGACAACUAUUGUAUUUUUCCACUCCACAUUAUCACAGGUUUAGUUUAACACUUGAUCUACACAACAUACUAUCAUUGUGAAAAUUAUGACAUGCUGUUGAAGGUUUAACUUAUCUGUAUAUGAAGUUGUUUAAAUGAGCUGAAUUUCAAGCAGCGCCAAGGGAAAUCGUGUCACGUUCUGGGGAAAUGUGCUUGUUCGCCUCCUUCCAGAGAGACGGAUCUCUUCCCAGCCUCUGGUUUUAACUUCCACCCAGUCCCACACCUCACAUCUGCUGACCAAACCAGUGUGUGUGUGUGUGUGUGUGUGUGUGUGUGUGUGUGUGUGUGUGUGUGUGUGUGUGUGUGUGUGUGUGUGUGUGUGAGCGAGCCGUGUCACCCCAUCCUCUGGCCCAUGGGUCCACAUUACAGAGGCACAAAUUAGGUCUUGACAUUUGGGCUCUGUAAUUGCCCCCUGAAAAGCAUGAGGCAUCAAUUAGGCUCUCAGCGCCAUGACAGGUUAUCCCUACAGGACAUAAUCGCCCUGCUGGACUGCCCCGGCUGGACUGCCCCGCCAGGGCACACACACACACACACACACACACACACACACACACACACACACACACACACACACACACACACACAUACACAUGGACAAUUUGCUGGUGAAUUUUCGGUGCAGCAAUCAAGCAGAGACCGGCCACAAAAUGACCCGACAUGGUGUUUCUAUACAUAGUUCGACAUUAAGUGACUAUAAAAUCAAAUCCUCAUGUUGUGAAAUCUCAGCCGUGUGACAAUGUGUGCACGGAGGCCACGUCGGAGGAGUGGCAGCGGGUCUCAGGGUGCCGCUGCACUAAUAACAGCAUAGGUCCCUUUGAUUCCCCGACUCUGGUGCCGCCUGACAGUUUCUGCUCCCACGGGGCGUGGAGAUCUUUAGGGUCAGAAAAAAAGGUCAAUUGGUUCAUUUCCAUAGCUUCCACUUUAAACAUUCUUGUCGGCUUUGGAAGCAAUUCAAUCAGCAGUGAAAACACUGGUUAGCGGCGUGGAAUUACCAGCCGUCGUUAACGAUGCAGCGUGGUCACAAACAAGAUGGAUGUGUCCCACAGAGACAUGCAACACAAACUGUGUGAAGCCGUGCAAGACUACUUAGAUAUGAGUUGGAUGGUUUUUUUCCAGUUCUGAGACAUAUAAGACAUAAUGUGACCAAUGUGUAUAACUUAAUAAAAAAAGCUUUGAGUGGUAAAGUCA